CGAGAAUUGGAUACGUGCCGACAAGAGCUGAAGGCAUUUCGUAAGGAGCUGGAUGAAUUGUCGGAACAUAUGGCCGAGAUCAGUUCUGAGAUGUUUGAUGCAAAGAACAAAGUCAAUUCAUAUGCACGGCGGCUAGGAGAGGUUGAGCAGGAACUGGCAUCCACUCAGGAAUUGAAUGUGAACCUACAAAUUCAGCUCGAUAACGCGUUGCAAAAGCAGAAACAGACUCACUCUACUACAACUCAAGCGGUUAAAAUGAUUCAAUCUGAUCUUGGCAAGGUCUUCUCUGAUAGCGACACAAUGCGCAUGACACUGGAGGAGCUCGAGACGCGUCAGCUGAAAUGUGAGGGCAAAGUCAUGGAAAUGAUGACAAACACGAGAGAGUAUGCCCAAUUACUGGAGGAGGCUCAGGAGACGAUCCAUACUCUGCGC